AUCCUCUGUACGGGACGGUCCUCCCAGCUCUUAUCUCUUUUUUAGUCUUAAGAGUGUGUUGUCCUGAUAAGGGGGUGACCUUAGUGUUUUUUGUUUUUUUUUUCACGAACACUAUUUCUCGGGAGUUUUUAUUUCAGUGGUCUUCCCGCCAAAGGGACGAAUUACUUUACUUUAGCUCGGAAUAGUUUAGAAUUUAUUUUUUUAAAAAUGUUGCUGGAACUCGGUAUGACUUUGACGACCUUGCUGGGCAAGUAUUUCUUCCUGCGUGAUAGUUCCAACAAUCCGGAAGGGGUGAUUCGUGACUCUCGGGGUUUGCGGACUGAAUACGACUUCAUUAUCAUCGGCGCUGGAUCGGCCGGUGCUGUUAUCGCUAAUCGUCUUACCGAAAUAGAAGAAUGGAAAGUCUUGCUCCUCGAGGCCGGAGGUGACGAAAAUCUUUGGGGUCAAGUGCCGGCCGCGGCGGCCGAUAUCCAACUCACCGAACGCGAUUGGCAGUACCAGACGGAAGAAAUGAGGGGUCAAGCUUGUCUCGGAUUGGAGAACCAGAGAUGUCUCUGGCCGCGGGGUAAGAUGAUGGGCGGCACGUCGUCGAUCAAUUACAUGCUGUACGUACGUGGAAACCGGCGUGAUUACGAUCAGUGGGCCCAACUUGGAAAUUACGGAUGGUCUUACGACGAAGUUUUACCGUAUUUUGUCAAGUCGGAAGACAAUCAGAACCCGUACCUGGCCGGAACUAAAUACCACGGCAAGGGUGGAUACCUGACCGUGAGCGAGGCUGGUUACCAAUCGCCAUUAGGAGGUGCAUUUAUUCAGGGUGGCAAGGAAAUGGGAUACGAAAAUCGUGACGGCAAUGGCGAAUAUCAAACUGGUUUCAUGUUCGCCCAGGGGACAAUCCGCAAAGGCCAUCGCUGCUCCAGUUCCAAGGCGUUCAUCCGACCCAUCCGCAAGCGGAAGAACCUCCACAUUUCCAUGCAUUCGCACGUGACAAAGAUCUUGAUUGAUCCCAAAACCAAACAGGCCUACGGGGUGCAGUUCCAAAAGCGAGACAGAAUCUACCACAUUUUUGCACGGAAGGAAGUGAUCCUGUCAGCCGGCGACACGGCCAGUCCCCACCUUCUGAUGUUGAGCGGGAUCGGACCAGCUCCCCAUCUGCAGGAAAAGGGAAUCUACCCGAUCCACGCCAAUUUACCGGUCGGCAAAAAUCUGCACGACCAUGUCGCCUUGGGUGAAGUCAUCUUCCUGAUCGACCAGCCGUAUUCUUUGAAGGAAGAACGAGUUAGAAACGUACAGACGAUCCUCAACUACACGGCCUGGGGAGGAACACCCCUGUCCAUGUUGGGAGGUGUUGAGGGACUCGCUUGGCUCAAGACCAAGUACGCGGAUGCCAACGACGACUGGCCGGACGUCCAGUUUCAUUUCAUCGGGUCCUGCGUGACAGCCGAUCGAGGCCGAUCCGUUCGAUAUUCGCACGGCGUCUCGGAUUCUGUUUGGGAGGAAUACUACCUGCCGAUUAUUGACAGGGAUUGCUGGAGCGUUAUGCCCGUGACUCUGCGGCCCAGAUCGCGAGGUUACAUCCGUCUCAACUCGGCCGACCCCUUCGACAAGCCCAUCAUCAAUCCGAAUUACUACAGCGAUCCUUACGACUUGGCAGUGACGAUUGAGGGCAUCAAGCUGGCCUUGCAGCUCAGUCAAACGUCGGCUUUUAAGAAAAUGAACAGCAAAUUCUACGACAAGCCUUUCCCUGGCUGCGAACGCUUCCCUAUGGGAACGGACGAUUACUGGGCCUGUUGGGUUCGCAGUUACAGUGUUACAUUGGCGCAUACCGCGGGUACUUGUCAAAUGGGUCCAGAUAAUGACCCGAUGGCUGUUGUGGACCCUUUAUUACGAGUACGAGGAAUCAGAAACUUGCGUGUGGCCGACACAUCCAUCAUGCCACUCGUGCCCAGCGGCAACACGAACGCUGCCGCGAUUAUGAUCGGAGAAAAGGCGUCGGAUCUUAUUAAAGACACAUGGUAUACUAAGUGACAAAAAGUACCUGCACGAAACGCGAUAAUAGAGCGAUAGUCCAAACAAAUUUUGUUUUUUUAUUUAACUGAAUCGUCAUGUAAUGUAGUUAAUUUUAAUAGUA